GUUUUCGUACAGGAUUUGCGCUAUCAGGAGGACAGCCAUUGUUCGCAAACUGCAGGGCUCGGAUCGCCUUAUGUUGUUUUUUCGGGGCCUUUUCUUCCGUCAUUUCAUAUCAUACGGAAGAACACCAACGAAUGGCGUUGGAUGGAUGCAUGUGUGUUAUAAAAUGCACCGCUCCUUGUCGCACUUGUGCUUAAAUAAAUAUGCACUUCGCGGGAGGUGGAGAACUAUAGCAUGACACCGAAAAAGGCGCCUGGAAAAAAGACGCAGACGUCAGAGAGAGACCUCGCCUGCUAACCAACGCGUGUUGUUAAAUUGUUAUUGCAAACUAUUCGCAGCGUUGUUUUGCGGGCAUCCCAUAUGGACUGUGCGACGGCGUGGGUGGUAUGCUGCUGGUAGCUGCUGGACGAUCAUCGGCUUUUUACUUUUAAACACCGUGCCUUGGCGCAAAGGAAAGGAUUUGCUUUUAUUUAAGGUCCUGCGACAAUGAACGAGCAGGAGGCUGGUGUGGUGUCGUUUGACGAAUAUGUGCGCCAGAAGGCCAGGACUGUACCCCAGCACAGGAUGAAGGAGUUCCUGGAGUCCCUCUCCAAGGGCCCCGAGGUGCUGCAGGAGUUCAGUCAGCAGGGAGGAGGGGCCGCCACGACAACCACCACUACCACCACCACAGCCAUGGUGUACCAGGAGCAGACCAACAACUGUGUCUACACUGACAGCACUGAGGUGGCAGGCUCCCUUCUGGAGCUGGCUUGUCCGGUACAGUUGACCUCAGCAGAGAUUUCCCCUCAGCUUUCCAUGCAUUCAGAACCUGAACAACAGCUUCAAGUGCAGGUUCAGAUCCAGGAGCAGCCGGUUCUGCAGAUGGCAGCGUCCUCUCAACAGGACCUGCAGGGACUGUCAACCUCUCAACUUGUGCCCCAGGAAGGGCUCACAGAGGAGCAGAAACAGCAGAUUCAGGCACAGCUGGUAGCAGCUGUGGGCGGAGAGCAACAGAUUCAGUUGGCAAGUGGGCACCAAAUCCAGCUGCAAGGUACACAACAGAUACAACUAGCAGACGGCCAGCAUAUUCAGCUCGAGGCUGGCCAACAGAUCCAGCUACAAGACGGGCAGCAGAUCCAGCUCCCAGGUGGCCAACACAUUCAGCUUCAGGGCGGUCAGCAGAUUCAGCUACAAGACGGGCAGCAGAUUCAGCAAAUCCAGAUACAAGACGGACAACAGAUCCAGCAGAUCCAGCUACAAGACGGACAACAGAUCCAGCUACAAGACGGACAGCAGAUCCAAAUACAAGACGGACAACAAAUUCAGCUACAAGAUGGACAACAGAUCCAGCAGAUCCAGAUACAAGACGGACAACAAAUCCAGCUACAAGACGGACAGCAGAUCCAGAUACAAGAUGGACAGCAAAUCCAGCAGAUCCGGAUACAGGACGGACAGCAGAUCCAACUACAAGAUGGACAGCAGAUCCAGCAAAUUCAGCUACAGGGUGGUCAACACAUUCAGCUCCCUGGGGGACAACAGAUCCAGCUACAAGAUGGACAGAUUCAGCUAAUGGGAGGACAGCAGAUCCAACUACAAGGAGGACAGCAGAUUCAGCUACAAGAUGGACAACAGAUCCACAUCCAAACCAUAGAGGCCAUAUCUCCUUCCCAGCAACAGAACUCUCCCAGGGAGACAGACCGGCGGGCCAGUAGCGUCUCCUCUGUCCUCCCACCCGUCAAGAAACGCAAGGUAGACACUCCUUUGACGGUGUCCUACGCCGUCCCACAGGGGCAGCAAGUGGCCACGGUCAUUGCCAUCCCUCAAGGGCAGCAGCAAAGCUAUGUGUCCCUGCGGCCCGAUUUGCUCACCGUUGACAGCACUCAGCUGUACGGCGCCACGGGGACAAUCACGGGCCCCACAGGGGAGACGUGGACCAUCCCCGUGUACUCCACCGCUCAGCAGCAGGGUGUGACUCACAUCGCCAUACCGCAGGAGACGUACAACACGGUGCAACUUGCCGCCGCCAAUGGCAAGCCCGGCUCCUCGGCCAGGUCUGCGGACGUGUCGAGCGGGACGCAGGAGGAGAUAGUACAGACACUGUUUCCCGCACAGUUUAUGAACGGGAACAUCCACAUCCCGGUAGCUGUGCAGACCGUAGGAGGGACUUACAACACGACACAGUCAGUACACAUAUGGGACCCCAAUCAGCAACAGAGCCAAGAAGAUGGACAGGAACAACAACAACUGCAGCUUCAGGCACAAGGAGAGACGGAGGGCAAUGCCGAACCCUCCACAGAAAUUCUAGUUCCAGUCUCUCUGAAGCCCGAAGAAGGCCUGGAGGUGUGGCGCCUUUGGGUAAAGCGGAAAAAUGCCGAGCUAAUCAAGCAGGACAAGACAAAGCUCGCACCCAUCGGACGUCGCCAACCGCUGCGUUUUCAAGAAGACUUGAUCUCCAGCGCGGUAGCCGAGCUGAACUUGGGUCUUUCCCUGAUGACGCAGGAGGCCCGAGGAACAGAGGAUGAGGAGUUUGCUCCAGAUGUUCUCUAUUACGUAUUCUUGUGUAUACAGAAGUAUCUCUUUGAAAACGGUCGUGUGGACGAUAUUUUCUGCGAUGCGUACUACACUCGUUUCUGUGAGAGCUUGCAUAAAAUCCUGACUGGAUGGAAGCCCAGCGUGCAUCAUCUAGGUUACAUCAUUCCCAGUCAUGUGACAGAGGAGAUGCUGUGGGAGUGUAAACAGCUUGGUGCACAUUCACCUGGCACCUUGUUAACAACUCUAAUGUACUUCAACACAAAGUGUUUUCGUCUGCUGACAGCUGAGCAACACCUGAGGGUGGCCUUCUCCAAGGUGUUGAGACACACCAGGAAGAACCCCACACACACCAAGGACAAAGCAACCACCAUCCGCCUUCUGAAAGGCCAAAGUUCACAUAAAGAAGACUUGUACGACGAGCAGGUGGAAGAUCUUGAGAAUCCUCUCCGUUGUCCCAUCAAGCUGUAUGACUUUUAUCUCUUCAAAUGCCCUCAAAGCGUCAAAGGCCGCAACGACACGUACUACAUGACUCCGGAGCCCGUCGUGGCGCCAAACAGUCCCAUGUGGUACUCCUCUCAGCCCCUCUCCAUUCAGCAGUUGGAGCAAAUGCUGGUGCGCAUCUUGGUGGUGCGAGAGAUCCAGGAGAUCAUCGGCGCCGGUUCCGAGAGCUAAAAAGGAGCGAAAGAGGACUGACUCAGAGCGAAAGGAAUAUUGGAAUUCCGUCACCGAUUGCUGACCCCGCAGUCCUCCCCCCAUCAUGACUUGAUGAACUUGCCGACUCAACAAUCACAUGGAAACGCUAAUGAACGAGUGAGUAAGUGAUUUAAGUCAGUUAGCGACCCAGGACUGUGAUGAAGUCUUUUCAAGAUGAGGAUAUUUAACCGUUUACUCUUCUUUAACCUCAUUUUUUUUCAUUUUUGUUUUGUUUUGUUUUGUUAUCAUCUCAACCGUCUUGCAGGGACCACUGCUCACCUUUUUUUUUGUAUUCUGUGUUGAUAUGUAUAAAGACGACCUGGUGCCUGUU